UUCUCUCUCUCUCUCAUAACAUUCAUUAUUCAUUCAUUCUUUCACUUUUAACAGAACAAAACCUCAUUCACUUCAACUCAAAAAACCGUUACAAAACCUUCAACCUAAAAAAAAAAAAAAACGAUUCAUCAAUGGCGGAAGUUUCUGUAAGGAAACUAAUCGUCGAAGUCAUCAAUGCCAAAAACCUAAUGCCGAAAGAUGGUCAAGGAACGGCGAGCGCCUACGCGAUCGUCGAUUUCGACGGCCAAAGGAAGAGAACAAAAACGAAAUCUCGAGAUCUCAAUCCACAAUGGGAUGAGAAACUUGAGUUUUUGGUUCUUGACAAAGAAUCAAUGGUUACUGAAACGUUGGAGGUGAAUUUGUAUAAUGAUAAGAAAACUACGGGGAAGAGAAGUACUUUUUUGGGGAAAGUCAAAAUUUCUGGAAGCACUUUUGUUAAGUGCGGUGAAGAAGUGAUUAUUUACUAUCCGUUAGAGAAAAGGAGCGUUUUCUCUCAGAUUAAAGGUGAACUUGGAUUGAAAGUUUGUUAUGUAGAUGAGGUUUUACCUGUUACUGAAUCAGCCGGUGAUGAGAAGAAAGAAGAGAAAGUAGAGAAAACAGAAGAGAAUCCACCGGUAACUGAAUCAGCCGGUGACACUGAGAAAAAAGAAGAAAAUUCUGAAAAGAAGAAAAAAGAUGAAGAAAAGAAAGAAGAUACAAAACAAGAGGAAAAUCAAAAGCCAAAGGAAGAAACUCCGGCAGAGAAAUCUCCGACACCGGCUGUUACUCCGGCACCGUCACCGGAGAUAGUGAAUCCGCCUAUUGCUGAAACAGAGAAAGUGAAAUUGAAGGAGAAACAGUUCGAAGUUAUACAAAAACGUUCUGAUCUGAAUGUGAAUGAUCACGAGCUUCGAUCUCUGAGCAACGAUCGAAGCAGAAGUGCGGCAUACGAUCUCGUGGAUCGAAUGCCGUUUCUCUAUGUUCGUGUCGUGAAGGCGAAGCGAUCGACGAAAUCGGAAUCCGUUUCAACGCUUUACUCUAAGCUUGUGAUCGGAACUCACACUGUUAGAACAAAGAGUGAAAUUGAAGGUAAAGAUUGGGAUCAGGUUUUCGCUUUUGAUAAAGAAGGACUCAAUUCAACGUCAUUAGAAGUUUCCGUUUGGUCAGAAUCAGAAACAGAGAAGAAAGAAAACGAAGAGAUUCAGAAACUGAAAACGGAGAGUUCACUUGGAACGGUGUCGUUUGAUCUUCAAGAAGUUCCUAAAAGAGUUCCACCUGAUAGUCCAUUAGCACCUCAAUGGUACACUCUUGAAUCAGAAACCUCGCCGGGAAAUGACGUCAUGGUCGCCGUAUGGAUCGGAACUCAAGCGGAUGAAGCUUUUCAAGAGUCAUGGCAGUCAGAUUCCGGCGGUUUGAUACCGGAGACUCGAUCCAAAGUUUAUCUCUCUCCAAAGCUUUGGUAUUUGAGAUUAACGGUUAUCCAAACCCAAGAUUUACAGCUAGGUUCGGGUGGUUCAGGUCCCGAAGCUAAGGUUCGGCAUCCAGAGCUUUACGUUAAGGCUCAACUUGGCGCACAGAUUUAUAAAACCGGUCGAACCGGUUUACUCAGCUCGGCUAACCCAACAUGGAACGAAGAUUUAAUUUUCGUAGCUUCUGAACCGUUUGAACCGUUUCUUCUUCUAACACUAGAAGACGUUUCAAAUUCAAAAACAAUAGGCAGAACAAAAAUCCACGUGGCAUCCAUCGAGCGAAGAACAGAUGAUCGAACGGAUGUGAAGUCAAGAUGGUUUAAUCUUUGUGGUUCAGAGGAAAAUCAUUCUUACACAGGUAGAAUUCAUGUUCGAGUUUGUUUAGAAGGAGGCUAUCACGUGAUAGAUGAAGCAGCUCACGUGACCAGCGACGUUCGUGCUUCGGCGAAGCAGUUAACAAAACCACCAAUUGGUUUACUUGAAGUUGGGAUUCGUGGCGCAACGAAUCUUCUUCCUGUGAAAACAAAAGAUGGGACACGUGGAACAACUGAUGCUUAUGUGGUUUGUAAAUACGGUCCAAAAUGGGUUCGAACACGAACCAUUGUGGACCGGUUUAACCCGAGGUGGAAUGAGCAAUACACAUGGGAUGUUUAUGAUCCUUGCACUGUGUUAACUAUUGGAGUAUUUGAUAAUGGAAGGUUCCAGAAAGAUGCUAGAGAUGUUAGAAUGGGGAAAAUUCGUGUGCGGUUGUCUACAUUGGACACUAACCGUGUCUACAUUAAUUCUUACUCAUUGAUUGUUUUAUUGCCAGGUGGCGCGAGGAGAAUGGGUGAAAUUGAAAUUGCAGUUAGAUUUUCAUGUUCUUCUUGGUUGAGUUUAAUGCAAGCUUACAUAAACCCAAUCCUACCAAGAAUGCAUUAUGUUAAACCAUUCGGCCCGGCUCAACAAGAUGUUUUGCGUCAAACUGCUAUGAAGAUUGUUACAGCUCGUUUAGCCCGGUCUGAACCGGCUUUAGGUUUGGAAGUGGUUCAGUUCAUGCUUGAUUCAGACACUCACAUUUGGAGCAUGAGGAAAAGUAAAGCGAAUUGGUUUCGUUUGGUUAAUUGUUUGUCACGUGCGACGACGAUUUUUUAUUGGUUAGACGGAAUUCGCACGUGGGUGAACCCUUCUACAACGGUUUUAGUUCAUAUCCUUCUCAUAGCAAUUGUGUUUUGUCCUAAUUUGAUUCUACCAACAUUGUUCAUGUAUGGUUUCUUGAUUUUGGUUCUAAGAUUUAGGAAGAGAAUGAGGGUUCCACAAAACAUGGAUCCAAGAAUGUCUUAUGUGGAUAAUGUGAGUCUAGAUGAACUUGAUGAAGAAUUUGAUGGGUUUCCAACAAUGAGGAGUGUUGAAAUGGUUAGGAUCAGGUACGAUAGGGUGCGUGCUCUUGCGGGGAGGGCGCAAUGUUUGAUCGGUGACGUGGCAGCACAAGGUGAGAGAUUAGAAGCUUUGUUUAGUUGGAGAGAUCCUCGUGCUACUGGGAUUUUUGCUUUGUUGUGUUUGGUUUUGUCUUUGGUGUUUUAUGUUGUGCCUUUUAAAGGGUUUGUGCUUUUUGCUGGGUUUUAUUAUUUGAGGCAUCCUAGGUUUAGGGAUGAUAUGCCUUCUGUUUUUGUUAAUUUUUUUAGGAGACUUCCUUCUUUUUCUGAUCAGAUUAUGUGAUGAUCAAGAUAUGUAGUAGCUUAUUGCUUUAAUUACUUUAAUUAAUUUAUGUAGUUUAAAUAAUUCUUAAUAAGAUACUGUUUUUUUAAUGUGUUUAUGUUUUGUUAUGUAUAUAUCAUCAAUAUUGAGUAGUGUUUGU